GCAGUGAUGAGUCGUAGGAGGUACUGGCUGCUCGGCGGUUCUGAGGAGCGGCUGCUGCUGGUGGCUUUUUUGCAGACCUGCUCCUGGUAAUCUGUUUCUACAGGCAGCAUCUCUCAGCUGCUUAAUUUGAUAGCUUGUUUUGCAUCUGAUUUAUUCCUGCCAAGAACUCUAUCUUGAAGCAGGUGAAAGAUUAUUUAGAUGUAUUGCUGUCACUGAACACUGGCCCAUUGGAAAGCACUAGAGAAGCUCAGCCAUCAGUAUGUCCAAGUACAAACUGAUUAUGUUAAGACAUGGAGAGGGUGCUUGGAAUAAAGAGAACCGUUUUUGUAGCUGGGUGGAUCAGAAACUUAACAGUGAAGGAAUGGAAGAAGCUCGGAACUGUGGGAAGCAACUCAAAGCACUAAACUUUGAGUUUGAUCUUGUGUUCACAUCCAUCCUGAACAGGUCCAUCCACACAGCCUGGCUGAUCCUGGAAGAGCUGGGGCAGGAGUGGGUUCCCGUGGAAAGCUCCUGGCGUCUCAAUGAGCGUCACUAUGGAGCCUUGAUCAGUCUCAACAGGGAGCAAAUGGCUUUGAAUCACGGCGAGGAACAAGUGAGGCUAUGGAGAAGGAGCUACAAUGUGACCCCACCGCCCAUAGAGGAGUCCCAUCCUUACUACCACGAAAUCUACAACGACCGGAGAUAUAAAGUGUGCGACAUUCCUUUGGAUCAGCUGCCACGAUCCGAGAGCUUAAAGGAUGUUCUGGAGAGACUCCUUCCUUAUUGGAAUGAAAGGAUUGCUCCUGAAGUAUUAAGUGGUAAAACCAUUCUGAUAUCUGCUCAUGGAAAUAGCAGCCGGGCACUCCUGAAACAUCUGGAAGGUAUUUCAGAUGAAGACAUUAUCAACAUUACUCUUCCUACUGGAGUCCCUAUUCUCCUGGAACUGGACGAGAACCUGCGUGCCAUUGGACCUCACCAGUUCCUGGGCAACCAAGAGGCUAUCCAAGCAGCCAUUAAGAAAGUAGAGGAUCAAGGAAAAGUGAAACGCGCUGACAAAUAAAAUCUUUCCCACGUGCUAGCUAGGGAUAGCUGCAGAAGGAGUGGUAUGCGGUGUGUUAUGGGUGCUGAUCUCGCUUUUUUUUUUUUUUUUUUCCUCCCCCGCUGAUUUUUCCUGAUUUUCCCAGAUCUAGGCUGUGGGGUAGAGUUUGUAUAAGUAACUAGGUAUGUUGGCCCAGAUAAAGGCUUUAGGAUGCCUGAGUGCUAAUGUCAUAAGUCUUAUGCGUUAGCCCCUGCCGGCCCCAUUUGAAUUAGCCACUAAGUUAGUCACCAGUGGGGCUUAAUCAAUGUCAUAAGUUUCUGAGAUGGGGGAGCAACAAGUGGAGGUCAAGUUCAAGGUAUUCCUCCAAUAAAUCAGUAUAGAGUGACCAAUGACAGGCACUACUUACUCCAAUAAGUAGUUCACAUUUAUAUUUACUGAGACUUUCUAGGGUGAUAAUAAAGGGCGUUAGAUAA